GAUUACGCCGAGCAAUGGUGGUUGAGCGGAUCCGGGUUCCGUUCCUCAUGUAAACAACAAAACAAGCGCACUCUUUUGUUUGAGAAAAACGAAACCAGCGGCGAUUAGGAGCAUGAGAUUAUCGCACAAGAGUCGCCUCAUUUGAGCAAUAAAAUGUCGAUGGAAGAUCCUUUUUUUGUGGUGAAAGGAGAGGUGCAGAAGGCUGUGAACAAUGCUCAAGCGCUGCAUCAAAGAUGGAUGGAACUGCUUCAGGAACCAGGAGGUGCCAGCAAGGAGGAGGUGGACUGGACCACUAAUGAGCUGCGGAACAGCUUGAGGUCCAUUGAAUGGGACUUGGAGGACCUGGAUGAGACCAUCAGUAUUGUGGAGGCCAAUCCAAAGAAGUUCAAUCUUGAUUUGAUGGAGCUGGCCAAGAGAAAAGCUUUCAUCACUGGCACAAGGCAAACUGUCAAGGAUAUGAAAGAACUCAUGGCUAGUCCAAUGUCCAUUUCAGUGUCCGAGAGGAAAAAUCGACAGACGUUGAUUGAGGGUGGUGGGUCUCGUGGACCAAUCCAGCAACCCAGCGGGGAUAAGUACACUAGACUGGACAGGGAGUUGCAGUCUGCAAACUCCCAGUUCAUUGGGGAACAACAGACCCAGCAACAGCUCAUAGCAGAACAGCAGGAUGAGCAGUUGGAGUUGGUUUCAGGAACCAUCGGCGUCUUGAAGAACAUGUCGGAAAGGAUCGGCCAAGAGCUGGAUGAGCAAGCUGUAAUGCUGGAUGACUUUUCACAUGAGAUGGACAGCACUCACUCCAGACUUGAUAAUGUCAUGAAGAAGCUGGCUAAAGUUUCUCACAUGAACAGUGAUCGACGACAAUGGUGUGCUAUCGGCAUUUUGCUGGUGAUCCUGUCCGUUGUGAUCAUACUCUUCAUUGUUCUGUGAACAACACUCCAUCCUUUGCCAGCUACAGCUCUCUCACCUGCAUUUAUUGAAUCUAAGGUGCUUGGAAGGGAGAGAACGAACAAAAAAAAACACUUUCCAUUCCAACUCUACUACUUUAGACUGUAAAACGCUGCUGCUUUGUGUUUUACCCUGUCUUUGCUUCCUUACAGACCGAGCUCAGACUGGUAACACCAUCACAAACGGCGUUAAAAACAGCUCUGCUUGUUUGUCCAAAAGCACUAUGCCAUUUUUCUUUUCAAAAGACCAUUUGACACUAAUGCCGUCUCCGUCAUUUCAUUUGAACUGAUCAACUGAAAAGGACAUGAGACUUUUGUGGAAGUACGAGAUUCUUGUUGUAAUCCAGGGUAAAUUGCGCACUUGUUACUUUUAGUGGUUUUUUUGUUCAAAUGGACCACAACGUUUAGAAGACAAAAAAUGCGCUAAUUGCAGUGUGCUAUAUUGUACAGCAAUCUAGGGCUACUAAACCAGAUUUCAUGUUAUUAUAUUUACCUGUGCACUGCUGCUACAGUAGGUUUACUCCACUGUAAUUAUUCAACGCUAACUAAAACGUUCUAACAACUAAUCACUAGAGUUUAAUGAACCAGAUACUGUUUAAGCGGGUAUUAUACUAAUCGUACUAAUGCAAAAUUCGUUAUUUACUGUAAAAGUGUUUUGAUUUAUGUGUGCUUUGUUUACUUUGAGUCUUUUAACAAGUUAACGAUAAUCAGUUAUUUGUGAGGUUUAUUCACAGACACUAUACUAUUCACAGGCACUACUAUUUGCGCAAUUUGCAAAACUGGAGGGAAUCAUGUUCAGUGAAAGUUUUGAAGAUAUUAAAUGUUUGAAAUGCUUUGAGGCUAGGGUAUACAUCGUUUUUCGUGUGCUUGUACAUCUCACGUUUUUAUCGCAAGCCCAUAUGGACGCAUUCGACACAUACACCCUAAGACAGCUUAUGCGUGGACUGUCCACAUGCAGCCCACUUUUUCUAGACAUGUGGACUUUCUGCGCAUACUGUACUGGUGAUUACAUUUAUGUAGUCAAAGAAACGAAGUGUACUUCGGCGUUAAAGUUCCCCAAAUAUACUGACAACUCCAAUAUCCCCCAGAUUUACAAACAACAUUGUUGUUUACUAAGUUACAUAGGUUUGUGUUUGAAUUGUAGAGCUUUAGCAAUCAUCUUAAAUUGCGUGAAAAUGGUUUAUUCGUGUCAUUUAUCUGUAGAAAUUUAGUAUAAUUUGACUAUUAAAUAUUUAAGCGGUUAGAUCCUGUAACUAUCUAGCCAGUGUCUUGCACAGAAGAGGGUAAAGUUAUAUUUACUUUUAGGACGCCGACCACUCGUGACUAAACACUAAUAGAAUUUCCCAUUUUUAAACAGCUCAAAGCAUCAAAUUAGUAUGAUCGGCCAAUAUUAAGCUUUACAUGUUUUGGACACUGUGGAACCGAAAUGUAUAUCUAUGACGCAGCAGUCACUAAUAUAAAAAUCAUUUAAUUCAUUAGUUUUCUUUGACAGUAUGACACUACACAUAUUAUGUGUAAACCAUGGAGUACACUUAUCUUAUUGGAUAUUUGUAUUGUUUUUGUUGGUUGUAUUUUAAGUUUAAAUGAUCUCUUUGGUAAAUUUCAAAGAAAUGGCCUAUUUCAUGAAAAUCAAAAGAAUAAAAAAAAGCAAAUUGUGCAUGAUUAAGCUGGUCAUAAAAAAAUCUCACAAAGUGAAAAAUCGUAUUAGUCCUGAAAAUAGGCUGUUAUGCAAUAUAUCAUUUCUUUUGUUUUGAUUGGGGGCGAAAUAUGACCCUGACAUGUUUUUGCCGAGCUUCGUGAGAUUCACCCUCGUACAUUUUCAACUGCCUGUUGUCAAGCAAUCAUACCAUUUUACUAUGCAUUUCAAAAAGACAGAAGGGAAAUACAGGGAAUUUACAGUGUUUUCCUUCAAACUCUUGAAAAAGUUGAAUCGGCCCGCAGAUGGUGUUAUAACUCAUACUGACUGCCCUUGGUCACAUGAAGCAGUGUGUCAGCUCACUUGAUUCAAAGUGUAACUGAACUGAUUGCUCGGAGAUUUAUAUAUGAUACAAAUAAAAACGGGGAAUGAUUGCACAAUUGCAUUACUGUUCUUGAGCAGUGACUGUCUGGAGAGAUCAAGGUAGUGAACUGGCUCAAAUUCUGUUCUUCCUGGUUGUGUGAAUUUCAAUUGUACGUGUUAUGUUUGUUUGAUCUGUGCUACUGAAGAGAAUGCUAGUAUUUUUACCACACUUGUUUUUUCUCCUUGUCUCCGAAUAUUCGGAAUGUAAAACCACCCCAUGUUUCCCACACCCCUCAUUUGUUUGUCACUGUGUGAAAUUCUGUGCCCCAUUAAAAAUAA